AUACAAAACGGUAUAGUUGGAGUCUCAAGAGGGAAGUGGGGGGUCCGCUCUUGGAGAGAUACUUGUGCCGUCUUUGCGGGAUUUGCGCAGGGGAGCAACGGCUGAGAGACGAUCUGCGCUUCUCCUGAGGAGACCACGGCAGCCGCCCGACGGGGAACGUACAACAGUCAGUGCCGAGGACGUACACUGCUCCCUGAACUCUAUUGUACAGCAUUUCCUGGCUCGGGUUCGUAGCUGCUUCAGGGAUAAAUGAUCACAUCAACCAGAAGAGUGUCUCCGGAUAAAUCUGAAGUUAGAAUCGCCUUCAGCCUCGACAACACAUCAGAUGUAAAAGAUGUGGAGGACCUCUCUCAGACGUUCCCAGAUCUUGAACAACGAUUACAGCCAGUGCCCCCCUGUGUGUCUCUGAGAGAGAGCGUUCAGGUGUACAAGGAACACUGCAGGAUGGCGAGAGAGUUCCACCAGGUCAAACAUGACAUCGCCGUGCUUGAGGACCGCAAGCGUAAGUUGCUGGCAGAGCGGGUGGAGGACGAGAAGGUUGCCAUGGAGAUUGCCCGCCUGGAAGACGAGUUUCGGCGCCUAACAGAGGAGAACCGCAACUUGGUGACCGUCCACAACGAGCGCGCCCAGCAGCUGGAGAGGCUCUGCCUGACCAGUCGAACGAGGCAGGACUCCUCGUGACCUCUGAUCUCCGCAGGACCUGAGACCUCCAGACAUCCAGCCGACACCAGAGCAGGAAACCAACCAGAAAUCAAGGCUCAGCUAAUGCUCAUUCUACACAGCUACAGUCUGUGAAUCUGCUAAUUACACAAAAAGGCGCUGUGUUUAUUAACUUCCGAGUCAUCUUUCAGAACCACAGAUGUACCGUCAUCAUCUGUGUGAAGUUGUUAUAGUGAUUCUACCACGCUAUGACACAAGGCCAAUUUUCUGAGUACUGUUUUGUUACUAUGUCAUGUUGUUGGUCGCUAUUGCAAUACCUCACAGUAUAUAUUCAUAUGAUGUCAGCUACUGUGAAUGUGACCAGAUAUUCUGAUAUCUGUCUCAGGUCCUGUGGAGACUCAGAUCUUUUACCCUGAGGUCUGUGGAGGGAGCCAAAGGUGGUAUGAUGUGGUCCAAAUGUUGUAUUCUGAGGAGUGCCCCCCCUCUCUCCCUCCCUAAUACUUUCCUGUCAAAUUCCUGUUAUGGUAAAAAGGAAAUGAGAUGAGUGCUGAACGCGGUGGGUGUUAGGGAUGGGGGAACUAUAGCCGUUUGUGAGGAACAGCAAAAGACAGAGGGGGAUUACCCAUUUUGCAAUAAGUAUUUGCCGCGACACAACACUGUAAGAGUUGUACAUUUUUUGAUGUAGCGUGUCUCACUCACCUGUAGAAUGGGAACUAUACAACAAGAUAAACUGUUAUCGUCCUCGUCUAAUAAUAAAAUACAUUUUAU